UUUGCUAGUUAUUGCUAUCCAGAAGAAAAAGGUGAUAUCUUUGUUGUGAUGGAGAGCUCAAAGAAUGGGGAAACAUGUCCUCGGCUUCUGGACUUGAUACCUCAAGAAAGAGAGUGGCAUUUGAAGAGAAAAGAUGAAGAAACUAGUCUUUCAUCAGAAGAGAAGAAGCUGGAACUGAGGCUUGGUCCCCCAGGUGAUGAAGAUAACUGGUCCAUCAACGGUACAGCUAAAAACAACGGGGAGAGAGACGAGCGUGUGAUCUCACUCGGGUACUUGUCUUCAAAGAACAGCAGCAAACAAUCACACAAGUUUCCAUCUCCAGAGGACCACAACCACGACCACCAGGUCGGGUCAGUUUUGUCCCCAUCAUGGACCAAAAACCACUAUCAACAGCUGACAAACCAUCCUCCAUUUCUUCCGUUCCAAUCAACACCCCGACAGAGCUCGCCUGCUAUGGCAAAGGAAUCAUCACAGCCCUGUUGCACUAAAGUGGUGAACAUUCAGAAUGCAGAAAAACAACCAUUUUCACCUAGUUAUAAUACAGCUGGUUCUCCCUACACUUCUCAGAAAAGAACUGCUUCUGGUCCGGUAGUAGGUUGGCCUCCAAUUCGCUCCUUUAGGAAAAAUCUUGCAAGCAGCAGCUCUUUAAAACCAGCUGCUGAACCACCACACAAGGAUGCUGGUGAGAAAAAGGCUGCUGAACCACCACACAAGGAUGCUGGUGAGAAAAAGGCUGCUGAACAGAGUGCCAAAUUUGUGAAAAUCAACAUGGAUGGAGUUCCCAUAGGAAGGAAAGUCGAUCUCAAAGCUUACGACAGCUACGAGAAACUGUCUGCAGCUGUUGAUGAAUUAUUCAGAGGCCUCCUUGCGGCUCAAAGAGAUUCCUGUGGUGGUGGAAUACUGAAGAAGGUGGAGGAGGAGAAAGCGAUCACGGGUUUAUUGGAUGGAAGUGGGGAAUAUACACUGGUAUAUGAAGAUAACGAAGGAGACAGGAUGCUUGUUGGGGAUGUCCCGUGGCACAUGUUUGUGUCAACAGCGCAGAGGCUGCGCGUGUUGAAGAGCUCGGAACUUUCUGCCCACAGCCGUGACUGUUGAUUUAUUAUCAGUUGUUUUUCCUUCUUGUUAAUUAGCUUUGCCGUUGCUUUCAUUGACGAAACUGGUGGUGCUUGUUUUUCACAGUUGGAUACAGUUUGAAGAUGAGGCUUUGAAU